CUGUGUUUUUAAAUAUGUUUCAGUGUGCGUAGUAUUUUUCUAUGCAGUAAUAAAUACUCCUUGUCCUUCCAGUAUUGUCGGUCAAAGGUCACGCUGUCCUGUCACACUCCCGCCAAUUCUGUAUUUCCGGUUGAGGCGCGCUGCAAACAUACACAGGUUCGUGCAAGUUUGUUUAUGCAGGAACUUUUACACACUUUAAUGGUUAAGCACACUGUUCUAUGAUGCUUUUGAAUACCCUGUUGGUUAGUUAAUAAGAGUGAAUAAACCUCAUGUUUUCUCCACUCAUUACAUGGAUCUGAGUGAUUUUGAGGCGGAUAACUCUGUGAGCUGCCGCUUGUCCUCGUCCACCCCGGAUGUGUGUAAGACAGAGGACUGCUGCCUGGGCAUCGACGAGGCAGGCAGGGGUCCUGUACUGGGACCCAUGGUGUAUGGGAUAUGCUUCUGUCCUGUAUCCAGAAAGGAAGACCUGAAGAAUUUGAAAGUGGCAGACUCAAAGACGCUGACGGAGGCAGAGAGAGAGAACCUGUUUCUGAAGAUUGAUGAGGCCAAAGAUUUUGUAGGCUGGGCCCUUCAGAUCCUCUCACCAAACACCAUUUCCACCAGCAUGCUGCAGAGAGCAAAAUACAAUCUGAAUGCGCUGUCACAUGAUGCAGCGAUUGGUCUGGUGCAGUACGCCCUGGACUGUGGGGUGCAGCUCAAAGAGGUGUUUGUGGAUACAGUAGGUCCUGCAGAGAAGUAUCAGGAGAAGCUCUCCCAGCGGUUCCCGGGGGUGGAGGUCACCGUCCGUCCCAAAGCUGAUUCUCUCUUCCCCAUCGUCAGCGCUGCCAGCAUCUGUGCCAAGGUGGCUAGAGACCAUGCUGUCAAAUCCUGGAAAUUUGCAGAAGAUUUGGGUGAAGUGGACAGAGAUUAUGGCUCUGGGUAUCCUAAUGAUCCCAAAACUAAGAGCUGGCUGCUGAAGUUUCUGGAGCCAGUGUUUGGUUAUCCUCAGUUUGUGAGGUUCAGCUGGAGCACAGCGCAGACGCUCAUGGACAGUAAAGCUGUUGCUGUUCACUGGGACGAUGAUGAGGAAGAUGGAGAAAAAACCGCUGCUCGUCAGAAUAACACCUCAAUGCUGUCGUAUUUCAGCCGCAGCAAACCGUCAGAGCUUGCACACACACGAGACACACACCGCUUUUUCACUGAGCGCAAGCUACAGAGCAUCAACACACUCUGAACACAAACACUGUCCAUCAGUGAGAGAAGCACUCAACAUAUCACAAAAUACACGUCAACUGGAUAUGUCCAACAUAAUAUCGCAAAUAAUGAACUGUACAUGAACCAGAAUGUAUUAUAUUCUCAUUUGUGUUUUUUAUGGCGUGUAUUCUUCAUUUCUGGAUGUAAAAUCAAUA